GCAGACUGAAUAUUCGGGUGUGCCAGAAAUCUGCGCUGUUCGCUCGAGCGCACUCCGUCCCCGCGAGCGCGUCUCACUGCGAUCAACACGCGCGGCAUGAAUCUCAUCCCAGCGUUUGACUGUGGUCGGGUGUAAUGUGUUUUAUUGCUCUGAGAUGUGCGCACAGGAUUAAAUCGGAUGGAGUACGCCGUUAAACCAGCAGCCGAGAGGAGAGCGAUAUUUGCGUUAAAUCUGAGAAGAAUGGACACGCAAAAUAUGAUGCAGUGCAAGUGUCGUCAUCCGAACAUCUGUUAUUUCUGUUAAACGCAACAGCAAGCUUUAUCACGGAAAGUCCUUUAUAUCUUGUAAUAGCCUCAUGGAAACAACCCUUUGGACUGUGUAAGGUAGAUUAUUGUUUAUAUAUACAUAUAAAUAUAUAUAUGCAUAGGCCUAUAUAUGAAUAGAUAAAUGUAUUUAAUCACUUAAGGUUUGGGUAUUCGCAAACCAUCCAAGUAUUAUUAAUUUAUUCGGGUCAUCAUUAAGUAUUCAUACUGACAUUUCCGUUGGGAGUAUUAUCUCCGCUGCACUGGAAUGCGUCUUCUUCAUAUGAGCUGUGUCUUCAUUUGAGUUUAGUCAUUAUUUUUGCUGUCCCAAGUGUGAUUAUUCACCUUAAUGAGAUUGCUUGGCUGAAUGAUGCGGAUGCAUAGAGGCUGAAUGGGAAGAGAGCUGGAAGAGAACAUCGUUGGAGUCACGGACAGACUGCCACAUCCACGCUGAACGAAUCACUGUGACAUCUGGCACUAAAACUGCUUAGACUGUCGUGACAUCUGUGAGCUGUUCUGUCUGUACUUGAGUUUAGGUGGCACCCCAGGCAACGUCCAGAGAGGACCGAGUCCGGAUUGAAUCCAGAGAGGACCAGAGUGUAAACGACAUGCAGAGUGGACUGAAUUCAUAAAAGUAAAUUCAACCCAGACACGAUCCGAUUCCAGACGCAGGAACUGAAUCCAGUCUCAAUCUGGAUGGGAUCUGAAUCCAGACUGAGUUCAUAAAGGAUUUAAAUCUAGACUGAAUCUGGAUAGGAUCUGAAUCUACUCCAUCCAGAGAGGAUAUGAAUUCUGACUGAAUCCAUAAAGAACCUGAUUUCAUUGCAAACUCACAGCGCAUCUAAAUCCAAAUUGAAUCUAGAUACAAUCUAAAUCUAGAUUUCAUCCAAAUCUAACCAGAAUCCAGCAUCAAUCCAAAUAGGAUCUGUAUCCAAAAAAGGACCUAAAUCUGGACUGAAUCCAGACAGGACCUGAAUCUAAACUGCGUCCAGAUAGAACCUUAAUCUAGAUUCAAUCCAGAUCGGACCAGAAUUUAGACUCAAUUCAGAUAGGAGCUUAAUCCGGAUAGGACUGAGUGCAGUUCGAAUCCACCGUGUAUCUGAGCCCAAACUGAACCCAAAUAGAACCUAAAACUAGAUUCAGUCCAGAUAGGAUCUGAAUUCAAAUAUCCAGGUUGAAUCCAGAGAGCUCCUGAGAACAGAAUCCAGACCAAAUACUAGGGUGAACCUAGUCAAGGUUGAAUCCAUUGGGGACCUGAGUCCUAUUUGAAUCCAUAAAGUACUGAAUCCAUCUAUGAUCCCUGGGACACCUGCAGCGAUGCUCCCAGCCACGGAGGCAGCCAAGAUCUACCAGACCAACUAUGUCAGGAACUCUCGUGCCAUCGGGGUCCUGUGGGCCAUCUUCACCAUCCUCUUCGCCAUCGUCAACGUGGUGUGUUUCGUUCAGCCCUACUGGAUCGGGGAUGGCAUGGACACGCCACAGGCUGGUUACUUCGGCCUCUUUCACUACUGCAUCGGGAGCGGGAUAUCCCGGGACCUGACGUGCCAGGGGACCUUCACAGAGUUUAGCUCCAUCCCGUCUAGCGCCUUCAAAGCUGCGUCCUUCUUCAUUGGGAUGUCCAUGGUGUUGGUCCUCUCCUGCAUUGGCUGCUUCGCCUUCUUCUUCUUCUGCAGCACAGCCACUGUGUAUAAGAUCUGCGGGUGGAUGCAGCUGGCAGCAGGUAUGUGUCUGGUGUUGGGCUGUAUGAUAUAUCCUGAUGGCUGGGAUGCUGAUGAGGUGAAGAGGAUGUGUGGAGAAGGGACGGACAAAUACACCAUUGGAGCAUGCUCAGUGCGCUGGGCGUACAUCCUGGCCAUUAUGGGCAUCCUGGAUGCCCUUAUUCUCUCUUUCCUGGCUUUUGUGCUGGGCAACAGGCAGGAUGGCCUCAUGUCCGAGGAGCUGCUGGGAGACAAGAGUGGAAAUGCAUAGAUGCCAGAUACACACAGGUGUUUCUGUCUCCUUCAAGGAAAAUCAUUAUGUGAAAUCACAAUCCAGCUUUACCCAUCAUCCUAAAGGCAGGAAGCCUGAAUGAAGCAGUUAAAGGAUGCAAACAGGGUGAAUGGAGUUGGGAACUCAAUGCUUUUCUCUCCAUAUCCCUUCUUUUUCACUUUACUCCCUGGAACUGCUUCUCAACAAAUCCCUACCGUACUUUAAUUUACAGUGUUCUGUGAUACUAACAUGAUAGGGCAGCUAAUGCACCGUUUAGAAGUAACUUUGACUUGGAUUAAUAAUAAUAAUAAUAAUAAUAAUAUUUAUUUUACUUUGUGUUCUCCUUUAAAGGCCUGCAUUACAAUAAUGUUAAUAUUUUGGGAUUUCUGAAUUACUGUAAAACACUGUUCUAUUUGACUGGAUUCUCCAAUAUAGAAGGAAACGUUCACAGGUUUGAAUUGUGGGAUGUACAUUCUGGCACAGAGCUGCACCACAGACAUUUUCAGCCUGUUAUUAUUUCUGUCACCACCACCCCUGAAAAAAAAUAAAAAUAAAUAAA